CCCAUACUUCCACACUAUUUCUUAUAACAAAACGACAAUUUUAAAGAACUCCAAAAAAAAAAAAAUCAAAAAAGUAAACCGAACCGAUAUCUAAAUCUAUUGUAAGUGUCACGUGACCCAGACGAGCCGAGUGCGUGUGGAUAGCCUUCUGCACCUUCAGAGUCUCUUAAAUCCCGUAAUCGGUAGCAAAUCUGCUGGUAACUUUGAUUCGCAUCCUCUUUCUCUUCUUCACUAAGAUCCUCUCAUUUUUGUUUUUUGGUUCCUGUGUGAAGUUUUCAACAGAUUCGCCAGUGAAAACCUUCUGAAAUCAACGGUGGGGAUGGCUCUACUACGCCUUUCGUCGCGAUGCACCGGGAUCUCCCGUCCCCUCUCGGCCGCCUUCAGCCGUUUCAUCUCAACGGACACCACACCGAUUACGAUCGAGACCUCGCUUCCUUUCACCGCUCACUUAUGUGACCCACCGUCUCGCUCCGUCGAAUCGUCUAGCCAGGAGCUUCUUACUUUCUUCCGAACCAUGGCUCUGAUGCGGCGGAUGGAAAUCGCAGCCGAUUCGCUUUACAAAGCGAAGCUAAUCCGUGGGUUUUGCCAUCUCUACGACGGCCAGGAAGCUGUAGCUAUAGGAAUGGAGGCUGCGAUCACGAAGAAGGACGCGAUUAUCACUGCUUAUCGUGAUCACUGCAUUUUCCUAGGUCGCGGCGGUUCGCUCCACGAGGUUUUCUCAGAGCUUAUGGGGAGAGAAGAUGGUUGCUCUAAAGGGAAAGGUGGAUCGAUGCAUUUUUACAAGAAGGAAUCGUCGUUCUACGGUGGUCAUGGGAUUGUCGGUGCUCAGGUUCCAUUAGGUUGUGGUAUUGCUUUCGCGCAGAAGUAUACUAAAGAUGAAGCUGUGACGUUCGCCUUGUAUGGUGAUGGUGCUGCGAAUCAGGGACAGCUUUUUGAAGCUCUGAAUAUAUCUGCUCUUUGGGAUUUACCUGCAAUUCUGGUCUGCGAGAACAAUCACUAUGGAAUGGGAACUGCUGAGUGGAGAGCUGCUAAGAGUCCAUCUUACUACAAGCGUGGGGAUUAUGUUCCUGGAUUGAAGGUAGAUGGUAUGGAUGCAUUUGCUGUGAAACAAGCGUGCAAAUUUGCAAAGGAACAUGCCUUGAAGAAUGGACCGAUAAUUCUUGAGAUGGACACAUACAGGUACCACGGUCAUUCCAUGUCUGACCCUGGGAGCACAUACCGUACACGAGAUGAGAUAUCUGGUGUGAGACAGGAACGAGAUCCAAUUGAGAGAAUAAAAAAGCUGGUACUAUCUCAUGACCUAGCUACCGAGAAGGAGCUUAAGGAUAUGGAGAAGGAAAUUAGAAAAGAAGUAGAUGAUGCCAUUGCCAAAGCUAAGGUAAACAUAACAGUCAUAUUGCUUCUCGCUUAUUCAACUUUCACUAACGGUUGA